ACAUUCAUUCUAGGCUUCAGGCCGCUUUGAUGUGAACGCCACUCCAGAGAGUUCCUUCAAGGACUGGGGGACCCUGGAAAGACUGUGUGACCCUGGAAUGACUAGGAGGCCGUUGGGUGACUGUGAGACCCCAGAGACCCGAAGGGUACCGGUCAGAGGAAGGUCUCACACAGAAACAUGAAAUCAGAGGAAAUGUUCAUGUUCCUCAGUAAAAUACUUGCAGAAUUUGAUGUUCUGUCUUUAACCUGACUCUCUUGUUCCCUCUCCACCCCACCACACACACACACACGCGCACACACACCUAUGAGGGCGGAGCUUCAGCAGCUAAGGUCUGAGCUUUUCAUCCUGCAGUCAGAGAUCCAGAGAAGCUGAAGGACGAUCUGCUGCAGCUGCAUCUGAAGGAGACCGGGAUGAUCCUUCUCUGAUCCAGCCAGCUGUCUUCUCCCCUCAUUGGUCGCUCCCGAUGACAUGAUGAGCUCUGCCUUCUCUCAGUCACUCUUUGAUUGCUUCGGUAUGUCUCCCCCUGUUGGACUGGAGGAGCGGAGCAGGUCCCAGCACCCAGAGUCUCUCUCCACCUCUGUCCCCAUCCUCUUCUAUCCCCCCAAUAUGGACCCAUCUACCCUUAGCCUGUAUAAGGGCCCUCUGAGAGGCCCCGGAGGGAUCCUGCCAUACCUGUCCCCAUUCCACCAUCAUGGACACUUCAGUGUCUAUGAGUGUCCGUUUGAGCCAGCGUUUAUCCAGAAACGAAACGAACGCGAACGUCAGCGCGUUAAGUGUGUGAACCAGGGCUACGCCAAGCUAAGGGACCACCUGCCGGGGCAGAGCGCCGAAAAAAGGCUUAGCAAGGUGGAGACGCUGCGAGCCGCCAUCAGGUAUAUCAAGUACUUGCAGAGGCUGGUAAAGAUGGAGGAAGAAGAUCAAGACGAGGCGGAGUCAUCCAGGGGCAGCCCGUCUGUACCGGACAACGGAGGAGGGACGCAGGCUGUUGAGCUCUAAACAAAGCUGUCUGCUUCCCAUGGAGGACCAAUCAGAUCCCACCAUCAAGAGGGAGGAGCCAAAACACACCUAUGAUGGCGGAGUCUAUAGACUGCCUGAGCUCCAGAGGACGCUGGCUCACUCUGAAUACAAUCAAACUGUAGCUCAAACUUUCCGCUCCUAUCCCUUCACCUUUCGCAGUGCCAACUGUAAGAACACUAUCCAGGGCAGCAAAGGAGCUUAAGCAGUUAUGCUUGCUGCUCCUAGCUCCUUCUUGUCAGCACUAUUCACAUUGCACUUAUGGUGGCAACCUCCACGGUGGUUAACUGUCCUUACUGAUUUGUGGUAUUCGGAGGAGGAGUCUAUAGACUGCCUGAGCUGUAGGCGAUGGUGGCGCAAUCUGAAUACGUCAAACUGUAGCUCCUACUUGCUGCUCCUAUCCCUUCACCAUGUCAACUGUAAGAAGACUAUCCAGGGCAGCAAAGGAGCUUCACACUUCUAUGCAUCAUCUGGAAAACCUUCAGCCAUACGGAUCUCAUUACGCGGCGGACAUGCAUAUAAAUGACGCUGGUUUAAUUGGGAUAAUAGUCUUAAGGAAAAUAGCUACAGAAAAAACAGGUGACAUAAAUGUAGCGAAUGGCUAAGGCCCUCCAUUAUAAUACCCAACACAUUUGAAAGUGAGGACAUUUAAUGUUUUUGUUCAACUCAGUGAGGUGGGCUUGCCUAUAAGGUUUGUGACACAAAGGGUGAUCAACUGCAUAGUUCUUAGCAGCAGCUAGGGACAUCAUGAGGUCCUUACAUUUAAUCAAGCAGUUCUACUCCCUGGUUGUAACUCCUUCCUAACUGACAGCACUAUUCAGAUAGCACUUAUUGGGGCAGCUUAUGCAGUGGUUUAUGUGUCCUAACUGAUUUGAGGUAUUCAGAUUGAGCCAAAUGUCUGUAGAAGUUCUGCAUUUAAAAAAAAAACAGAUCCUACUAGAACAAUUGUGUGAAAACUAUAACAGAACCACCUUUAAUCUGGGCCCCAUCAAACCAACAUAGCAUAGAAAUUCUAGAGGGACAACCCAUAGACUUCUUGGGGACCUUUCAGCCCCUAUAGUUUAGAAAUCUGCAGUUCAUGUAGUUUUAAAUUUGCUAUUAGGCCUCUAG